GACUCUGCUGCUUCUCCUUCCAGUCCUUUGUUGAGUUACAGGUAUCUUUUAAAUUAACAGCAGACGUUGAGGUUAAUGUUACUAAGGUAGCAUGGCCCAGGAACAUUUAAGGACGAUAAAACAGCUUGUUGCUACUCUAUGCCUUUUCAAUAUCAUCAAGUUUAAGGUAUGCACUCUCCCUGAUGUUAUAAGAAUAGGUGCUUUAUUCGAAAAUGAUGACGAUAUUUUGGAAAGAGCGUUUCGACACGCUGUAAGCAAAAUAAACGAGGAAAGUCAAAUUCUAACUCAUACUAAAUUGGAAGCUCAUAUUGAAAGAAUAAAAAGACACGAUAGUUUUCAAGCAUCUCGCAAAGUUUGUGAAUUAUUAAACCAAGGAAUGGCUGCCAUUUUCGGUCCUCAAUCUAGUGAAAGCAGUUCAGCCAUUCAAUCCACAUGCAGUGUACUGGAAGUCCCUCAUAUCCAGUACAGAUGGGAUUACAGAUCUCCUAGGAACAACCAAACUGUCAAUCUCUAUCCUCAUCCAGAUGCCAUCGGAGUGGCGUACAGAGACUUCAUUUUAGAAAAGAACUGGAAAACUCUGGCAAUUCUUUAUGAAGAUAGUGAUGGUAAUUUAUCUAGUUUUUUUCUUCUUUAUAAUUCUGCUUUAAGACCUUUUUUUUCUUUUUUUCUUUCUUUCAAUUUGAAUGUAAAUAGGAUUUCUAUGUCUUAA